AUGAAUUAAAAUUUGAGAAGGAAUCUCGGUAAAUUUGAGAAGUUUAUAGAGCCUCAUCAGUUUGGAUCUAGCUUACUGUUUAAAUCAAAAGAAGAAACAGAGAAACUGUUUCACCAAUAUCAAUCUUUGUUGACUGAAGGAAAAUAGCCAGAGAUCACAACUAAUUCAGAUCAUAAAUUGCUUGAUAUGUUCUUUGUGGCAAGAAUUGCCCAAUAGAGCAAGUAGCAUGGUGAAGCGAUUUUUAGUUUCAUUGAUUAAACUAUUAAAUCUCAACCAAAGUUUGAUCUUGGAAAUGCUAAAGAAAACUUUUCUUACGCAAGAAUUUGGUAAACAUUAACAAAUUAAAGAUAGAUUGCAAAAAAUGACAUUUUCUUGAAGCUAAUAGAAGUAGGUGAGAUGUAGCUGUCAAAAAUCUAGGCAGACAACCUUGCUAUGAUAAUGAACUCACUGCUCUAAAUGCUUGAAAACUAAGGCAACUAACUAAGUGAAAGUAAUAUCAGGAUACUCAAAGAAUUCUAUUCAAAAGUUAAAACAAAUUUUGAGCAUAAAAUCGCAAAUAGUCCAGCUGAAAAACUUCAGUUUGUAAUAUACUCAAUACUCAGAAACCUUUCAACUUCUAAAAUGACUGCAAGAGAAUCCUAAUUUUUCUAGCCACUUUCCAAAGAAUGUGUUUAUAAAAUAAUAGAGGCAGUAGAAUUGUGCUUUUAGGAUUCCAAAUUAUUCUAUAAAAUCGAUAGUGUAUUUUUCUUGAAGAGGUUAUAGAAUGAACUUUCUCCUGAAAUUAUAAGUCUAAUUGAUCAAAUGGUUGGAAACACUAAGACUAUAAAAGAGGAUAUUUUCCUACUUCAAACUAACUAGAUUUUAAGAUUCAUAGAAAUACUGAACCCAAGUCAAUACAUUAAAUUCAUUAAGCUAACAGAACAAUAGAUUGGCAAUUAAGUUAUACCUAAGCUCUAUUUAUCAGAGAUCUCAUACUUCUUAACACUAAUGGAUAAAAACAUACCUAGACAUAAAAAAUAGAUUAUACAAAUUGAAAGAAUUUAAAAUAAGAUUUAAUAGAGAAUAUUUACUUUACUCGAUAAAUAAGAGCAAAGACAUGAUAAUGCAAAUCUUGCUCAAUUACUUAAGUCUCUUAGUAAACUAGAGAUCUUGAAUGAAAGAGUUAAUUUUGCUCUCUAAAAUUGCAUAAUAAUGAAUUUAUAAAGCAACUCAAACUUAGGGCCUCAUGACAUUUUAUACAUAUUAAAGGCAUUUGAAGAAGAACCUAAAUCAAUGGAAAAAGAUUUAUUUAUAUUCAUUGAGAAUAUAAUAAUCAAAUAAUUGGAGGAGAAAAAUAUCACCAAGCCAUCUUAAUUCUUCGGAUUGAUGCUCCAGACACUAAGAUUAGGGCAUUUCAAGUAGGAAUUAUAUCUGAAAUUCCUCGAUGAGAUAGCAACAGUGUAUCUAUAAGAUGAUCUGAAGUUUAUGGAUCUGAAUAUCGCCAACAACAUACUUUUUUCUUAUUCAUUAUUGUACUCAAGCAAUAACAUGAGAAAAACUGACAUAGAUAUUAAAGCUCAGGAUCAUUUGCUCAAAAGAUGCUUUGAAAUUAUUAGAGACAAAGAAUUCAAUAUUUUCAGCAUUAAUCCUCUCAAUAUUUACAAAGCAUUGGUCUACUUGUCUCAUCACAAAAUCUUAAACUAAGAGUUAACUGACAUUUAUGACAAAAUAUAGCAAUACUUUGAAUAGUAUAGAAAGACCAACCCUAUUAAGACAGAUUUCUUUCAGCAAAAAUAAGUUUUCUAAAUAGCAAAGAAAAUAUUUGGAGAUGAUUUAUAGUAUGAAAUGGAAUGUUCAAUAGAUGAACGCGAAGUUUUUUACGUGGACUUUUGGAAUAAAAACAGCAAAGUUGUAAUUGAUUUUAGAGGUAACUAGCAUUAUCUGUUUGGUGACACUUCUAAGCAUGUCUAUCACGAAGAUCUUAGAAACAAGAUCAUUUAAAUAUUUGGCAAUAAAUGCAAAGUUUUAAAUAUCAGGCAAUAUACAGCAAUGGUUAUUGACGAUUAGAAAGAAGCUUUAGUCAAGGAGUUAUUCUCAUGA